CUAAGUGUCAAACCUAUUUGAUUGAUAUUUAUUAUUUUUUCUCAUCGUGAUUUGAUGAAGAUUGUUAAUGUUCAUUAACUAUUCUGUUGAAGUUCACGUGUAUUCUUUAAUAUUUAUUUAUCUUAUAUUUAAAUUGAUUCAAACAACAACAUUACUAAAGCUAACCACUAACCAGUCCAAAUACUUGAGGAAGAGUUAAAGUUAUCAGCUAUGAACUUAUCAAUAGGAGACGUUGUGCUACCGGGUGAUCGUUGUGAUGAAAUUUCAAAAAUUGCUGUAAAAUCGAAAGUUUUGAUAGGACCAGGCUUACGAAGAGAAUCUGAUAAUGUUUAUAUAACCAAACCUGGAAUACUGAAGAAACGGAAUCCGAAUACGUUUUGGGUGGACAGUUAUCAAAAGCGCUAUAUACCGUCACGAGGCGAGAAUAUCAUAGGAACAGUUAUACAAAAAGCUGGCGAUAUAUUCCGUGUCGACGUUGGAGGUAGCUGCCCUGCCGCACUCUCAUACCUAUCAUUCGAAGGUGCAACUAAAAAGAACAGACCUGAAGUUCAAAUUGGUGAUGUAAUUUACGCUAAAAUGCUAGUUGCCAGCAAAGACAUGGAGCCUGAAUUGGUGUGUGUAGAUUCUCAUGGGAAAAAAGGUCGCCUUGGUGUUCUUACUGAUGGAUUUGUAUUCAAAAGUUCCCUCAGUUUAAUAAGGAAAAUAUUGAACCCUAGCUGUCCUUUAAUAGAUUCUUUAAAAAAAGAGUGGCCAUUUGAGAUAGCUGCAGGUAUGAAUGGUCGGAUUUGGAUCAAAGCAAACUCAAUGAGAGAAACUAUAGCAGUUGGCAAUGCUAUCUUAGCAGCUGAAUAUUUAAGUGAUGAAGAUAUUAAGAGUAUGUGUAAUAAUGUAGCUUCUAUUUUAGCAGGACAUUUAUCAUAAAGUAUAUAUAAAAUAUUGCAUAAAUUAAACAAAUUAUAACAGUGA